AUGUACUUCCUACGGACGCUCGCCUUGGUCAUUGCCGGCAUCACGCAGCUUGUUUCGGCGGGCAGGCCCUCUGUGACUCCGCGCCAGGCUCAGCAAAGCCUCAGUGAUGCGCUGUCGAAACAUGCAGACCUCUCGGCUUUCAGCCGGCUCUUGAGCAACUACCCUAGCAUUAUCGAAAAUGUCACAACUGGCGCCAAGAACAAGAUCACACUUCUGGUUCCCACCAACGAUGCAUUGGCCAACUUUCUCAAGCAGUCCAAUGCCAGCGAUACAAGCCAGCUCCCCGUCGACCAGGUCUUGACCAUGUUCAGAUACCACACUCUGGACGCUUCCCUGACGGCCGCGAACUUCAGCUCUCCGAGAGGUAUCACAGUUCCCACAAAGCUUCGAGACGAGCUCUACAACCUGCGAAGCCCUGGCCCUGCCCUUAUCAGCCAGUAUGGCAACGAGGCCCAGGGCAAGUGCUCUACUUUUCACGGGAUACUAUCAACCCUGCAAAGCUGCGAGUGA